AUGGACGAUAACCUUACCUACUCCAGUAGUACUGGUGUGAACUGGCUCAUACACGAUGAGGGGCAGGGAAUGUUCUGUUUAUUGUGCAGAAAACAUGGCACAUCAAAUUACCAAAACAAAAGCAAGAAGUGUAGCCUAGAGCCAGCAGUUAGGUUCAAACGAAAAGCAGUUGAAGAUCAUGCAAAUUCUCAACGACAUGCAGCUGCUGUUAUAGCAGAGCUUGUCAACAGAGUUUCGACAUUUGAAGAAGUGAGAAAAAUUCAAGAUCCUGAAGAUGAAGUUUACUAUAAAACCUUGCUGGCUAUGUACCGGAUUGCCAAGGAGGAGAUCCCAAACAAGAAGUUCACGAGUCUUCUGGCAGUUCUUCAGCAACUAGGGCUUGAAGAUAUUAAGUAUUUCAAACAUCGUUCAGCUGGUUCAAUCAGAGAAAUGUUUCUUCUCAUUGGCAGUGUUUUGAACUCACAGUUAUUAGAUGAUAUAUCAAGAGCCAGGUGCUUUGGACUCCUGACAGAUGAAGUUUGUGAUGUUUCUAACAAAGAGCAGCUUGUAACAUUUGUGAAGUUUGUCCAUCCCGAAACUGGCAAAGUAAAGACUGCAUUCCUUGCCUCAAGAAGUCUGUUGGAGAAUUCAAGCUCAGUAGAUGCUAAAACAAUAUCAGAUGCUCUCGUUGCACAAGUAGAAGAUGCAGGGAUCGAUAAAAGGAAGCUUGCAAGUUUUUCCUCUGAUAGAGCUUCAGUAAUGACAGGAAAAAGAAAUGGUGUGGCUUCCAGAUUGCGAGCUGGUAGCAAGACCUUAAUAAAUGUGCACUGCAUCUGCCAUCGUUUGGCGCUGGCAUAUGGCGAUGCCAAUGACACGAUUUCCUACAUCAAGUAA